ACGUCGACUUCUGCUGCAAAAUGGCGUCGUUGACAGAAGUCAUGCAGACGAACCGGUCCAGUUCUUCAUCAUUGUUCAAAAAACGCACAGGAAUGAUGACCCAAAGGAGGUUCAGACUUUUGGACAACAGUGUCCUUUUAUUCCUUUCGUUAGCCUCCAUGUUGCAUUGUGCUCUGGCUGACGGCAAAACCUUGGUUCUGCUGGACAACCUCAACAUCCGAGACACCCAUUCAAUCUUCUUCCGCAGUCUGGCAGAUCGUGGCUUUGACAUCACAUUCAAGACAGCUGAUGAUCCUUCCCUAACUCUGAUCAAAUAUGGCCAGUUCGUGUAUGACCAUUUAAUCAUCUUUUCACCAUCUGUUGAGGACUUUGGAGGAAAUAUAAAUGUGGAGACUAUUACAUCCUUUAUUGAUGGUGGAGGCAACGUCCUGGUUGCUGCCAGUUCAGAUAUUGGUGACCCUCUGAGGGAGCUGGGUAGUGAGUGUGGCAUCGAGUUUGAUGAGGAAAAGACUGCUGUCAUUGACCAUCACCACUAUGACGUGUCUGACCCCGGAGAGCACACUCUGAUUGUUGCUGAUCCAGAGAACCUGCUGAAAGCACCAACUAUUGUCGGCAAACCCACCAAUAAACCUGUUUUAUUCAAGGGUGUUGGCAUGGUGGCAGACCCAGAGAACCCUCUGGUCCUGGACAUCCUUACUGGCUCUUCUACUUCCUACUCCUUUUUCCCUGACAGACCUAUCUCUCAGUACCCCCAUGCUGUUGGCAAGAACACCCUGCUGAUCGCUGGACUUCAGGCCAGAAACAAUGCCAGAGUGGUUUUCAGCGGCUCCCUGGACUUCUUCAGUGACGCCUUUUUCAACUCUGCUGUGCAGAAAGCCACGCCUGGCUCCCAGAGGUACGAGCAGACAGGGAACAUGGAGCUGGCCGAGGCUCUGUCACGCUGGGUGUUCAAGGAGGCCGGAGUCCUCAGAGUAGGAGCCGUCACCCAUCAUCCUGUUGGAGAGACCACUCCCCCCGCGGCAUACACAAUCACAGAUCUUGUGGAGUACAGCAUUGUCAUUGAGAUGUUGUCCGAGGGCCGCUGGGUUCCCUUCGACGGAGAUGAUAUUCAGCUUGAGUUUGUGAGGAUAGAUCCCUUCGUCAGGACUUAUCUCAAGAAAAAUGGAGGUAAAUAUAGCGUCCAGUUCAAGCUGCCUGAUGUGUACGGAGUCUUCCAGUUUAAGGUGGACUACAACCGACUGGGAUACACACAUCUCUACUCCUCCACUCAGGUAUCUGUCCGUCCCCUGCAGCACACUCAGUAUGAGCGCUUCAUCCCCUCAGCCUAUCCAUACUAUGCCAGCGUUUUCUCCAUGAUGGCUGGACUCUUUGUCUUCAGCAUAGUCUUCCUGCACAUGAAAGAGAAGGAGAAGUCAGACUAAAGCAAAGAAACAGCGGGGAAGAUAACAAGAUUAUAGAACAGAACUUCUGGUGUGAAGAGUUGAAAUUGAAUGUCUUGAUGGCUUGAAUCUUCAUGCAGGGACUUGGACUGUUGUCCUUUGUAAAAAUACAGUUUCUGUUCGGUUAUUGGGGCACUCAACUAAUUGGGUCCUGAGGCCAAAAGGGGUGCUGACUGUAACACAAUGUAGUGGAUGGGGUUUUUUGUUUGUUUGUUUUCAAAGGCCUGUAAAUGUCAUGAACUGAGUCAGCAUUUAUGUAAAGUUGCUUUACAUUUGAUAAAAUAAAAUGAUCUCCUAAGUAGAGCACUUGCCUUUCCUUUAUAAUGUAAUCCAUAUUAAAAUUUGACCCACAUUUUGUCAAUCAGGAAAGAUUAAUGGUUAACUACAUGCACUGAUGAACUGUUCAUUUGUAUUUGAUAAGACUUUAAUGUGUUUCCAAAAAAGUUGGGAGUCAUCUUAACAAUAAAAAUUGACAUUCCACUCAA